GCUAGCUGUCAAUUAUAUUAUUCUUCAAUGGGUUUGUUAUUAUUUAAUGAAGUUAAUUCCAAACAACCAUAGUAGUAGUUAAAUGAAUAGUGAUAAAGAUAUAAUUAUAAAACUGUAACGUACCGUGUCUGUCUUUUCUUUAGAAACAUUUAAAAGUGCCAUCAUUUGUUAACCUUAAAACUACAAUGCCGACAAAUAACAACUUGUGUUUGUAAUAAUGGAUUCUUCCGAUGAGGCAGCAUCUGUUCGAAAUCCUAUUAAAGAAGGAUGUGAAAAAGAGGCAAGUAAGGACAAUAAAAGUGCAGAUAAGCAGGCGAGCCAACUCGUUGGGGUUGAAAAUGUGUUUACAUCAAUGUCACAAGAACGAAGUUCUAAUUUUCUUCCAGUAAAUGGUUCUCGACCUUGGGCGAAUGAUGAUUCUGAACAAAGGGUUAACCGACCAAAAGAAAACAAUUUACAACGUGACACCAUUGGACAUACCUUUGAUGGAAAUCAAAAGCAAGUGGUUAAUUAUGAGUCUAACAUUCACAAUACUGAAAGUCCUUGUUCAAGUAAAUUUGAAUCAACAUGUGAUAAAAGUUCAGACUCCAACUGUGAGAUAGCAUGUCAAAGAUACAAAAUGUAUUCAGAUAAAGUAGGUAGUGGUAGCAGUGUUAAUGGUCCAUCAACAAGUGGCACAAAUAAAUCCAAUGAUAAUACUGAAAGUGGUGGGAUACGAGAAAAUAGGAAACGGCCAUCAACUCUCAAACUAGAAAGGCCAAGCAUAGAUGAUAAUGAUAGUUCAAGUGACACUGGUAAUGAUGACUAUUCAUUGGGCUCUGAAGAUGGUUGUAUUUACACAUACAGGGGAGGUGAACACUUGGCUGAUUUACCAAGUUCAUUUUUCAGCCUUGAUAUGGGCUUACCCUUAGAUAGGCAUCUCCCAUUGCUACCAAAUUAUCCAGUCCCUCAGCAGGGGCCAGCUAAUGCUAGAGAAGGAUCAAGAGCAUCCAGUCCGGAUAUGGACUUCUUGGAAAUGGAUUUUGAUCCAGGGCCAUCAUGUGAAGUGGAUACAGAUGAUGAAUCAAGCCCUGAUGCUGAUUUAGAAGUGGCAAAUAGUUUGCCAGAAGAAAUUGAACCAGUAAUUAGAGGUACCACACCUGAAUAUGUGCCUAGCAUUUUAGUGAACCCUCAACCAUCUACUAGUGCAAUACAUAAUGAAACUGAACAUAGUCUUAAUGUUCCAUCAACAAGUUAUGGUGUUGAAGUGACACAAAGUAAUGUAGAUGAAGAAGUAACAAAUGACCAAGAGUAUGGACCUUACAUCACACAUGUGAACUUCAGGGGUGAACAGUUUUUAGUCAGAAGAACCACAUCAAGUUGGCCAAGUAAUACAUUAGCUGGCUUACAUGUCUCUAAUGGAGAUUUAGUAUCACCAAGAGAAGUAUUAAAUUAUGAAGAAGAGCGUAUGAAGAAUGAAGGAGCACACACUUAUGAAAUUAAUCAAGGAGAAAGACCUACUGGGGAAUCUGUAAAUUUGUCAUCAGCUCUUUACCAUAUCACAAUGGCUAAGAGGCUUAUGAUUCAGAAAACUUGCUCCGAUGUUGAACGUCACGAUGCAGCUAAUGUGAGUCGAGACCAGGGUGCAGGAUGCAGUAGUGAUGGAGAUACAGGUUGUGUUGAGCCCCCGCACUGCAUGGUGUGGUCGGAGCGCGAAGCCUGCGAGCGACAAGUCACUCAGAUUGGUACAUCCGCUUGUGGAGCAACAGCGGUUGUCAAUGUUUUUAUUGCUCUUGGUGUACCUGUGAACAUUGAGAGAAUUAAUGGCGCGGUGGGAACGAGGCUGAGGGCGAACAGUGCGCCUAUACCCAGGUAUUUACUGUCGCGCUCUGUGGCGGGCUGCACUGCGGCGGACCUGGUCACUGGAAUACAGAGGGCUUCAGAUGGAUUGGUGACCGCUCGGUUCUUCCCCAUGCAUCCCGAGCGAGCCAUGUCACUGUCCCACUGGCUUGCUGACUGGAUAUCGUUAGGAGCAGUACCUAUUCUGACGUUGAACCUCCAAGUGGGGUGCGAGGGGGAGGUGCCCGACGCAUGGCACCACCAGAUGGUGUUCGGGGUGUCGGGCCGCGGCGUGUACCUCUGCAACCCCUGCGAGUGCGUGCCGGAGCGCGCGCUGUGGGCGCGCCUCACCUCGCCCUCCGUGCUGCUGGUGCGGGCCAGAGAUAUCAUUGCCAGAUUAACACCGAAUACGGACCUAAGUGUACUAAUGGCCGUACCUGAUAGACGGUUUCAUACUUUUAAUGUGCUAGGUCAGGUGGCGAGCGUGAUUCGCGAGUGGCGCGCGCGCGGCUGGAGCGAGGCGGGGUACACGGAAAGUAUUGGACAGCUGUCGACCACCGCAAUGAACCGUAUGAUUUGA